AUGGAUCAAACAGCCCAGAGCGCAACGUGUGUGUCCAAUCUCCGAUGACAGCGGCAUUGUUUUCUUUUUUACCGACCGAACACGCACCGAACACUCCGGACCCGGACAAUUCCACUCCCCCGGAGAGAAAACAUUUCAAACAACCAGCAUUACGUCACGCCAUCUCAGCCGUCACAUCGAUCACAAUGUCAGUGUUGCGCUUAAUCGGUGGUGAAAUCAUAUCUAUUUAUCGUCAAAGUUUGCUUACGAUCGGUACCAGCCAGGCGAGGGCGCUCACGACAACUGGCUUCCUUCGACACGCCGCAAAACCUGAAAGUGAAGCCACAGAGGAAACAGCCGCCAGUGAGGAACCGGAAGCAGGGGAAACAGAUGCAAACGCCGCACCCAAACAACCGGUCGAUGAUCCGAAGGACCGCACGAGGGUGAUACCGGUGGAGACGAGCAUCCGCUAUCUGGCCAGCGAAGCUUACCGGCAGACGUACCAGGACGAUCCGGUGUGGAAGCAGUACCGGCGCAAUCACAAAGGACCGUACCCGCCGAAGCUGACGCGCAAAACGUGCAUACGCAAGGGGCGCAUUUCGACCGGCAAUCCGUGCCCGAUCUGCCGGGACGAGUAUCUGGUGCUGGAUCACAACAAUAUCGAUCUGCUGAAGCAGUUCAUCUCGCCGCAAACGGGGGAUGUGUUGAGCUAUCGGGUGACGGGCCUGUGCCAGAAGAAACACACCCAGCUGCUGGUGGCGGUCGAGCGGGCUAUGGACCGCGGAAUGCUCACGUUCGACGUGCCGUUCCGAGAGUACGACUACAGUGAAUACUAUCCGGCGAAGGAAGGCAAGCCUUCCUCCAAGUAGGAAGUGUCCGUGCAACC